CCGUGUGACAAUGAUGUGGCGGUCAGGGACCAGACGACCAUAUCCUCAUAAGUUGAGUAGGUCCUCGACGGGAAGCUUAUGGGAACAACUCUUGACCUCAUAAUUAGGAGACUAAUCGCUAUUCAUUGGUAGCAAUGUGCCGACUCUCGCCACUCUGAUCACCCGGUCGACUUUUUUUCCGCGGGCCAUUUCCAGGUUGAAAUAGGAGUUUCGCUUCCGGCGACUGUAGCGCAAGGCAUCUGGCUGCCUGCUUUCCACAUCGCGCCCUGUCAGUUCCCCGAAUAAUCACCUUGUCGAUUUCGUACCUCGACUUUGAGUAAGCGUCAUGGCCUGGCAGCAAAGACAUACACCUUCCGGCAAGGUUCAAUGGCAAUGUAAUCAGGAUGGCACCCAGAAUGCUAUUAUUUCUGCAUCCCAAGUCAGCUCCAGCCAGCUCAAGGAAUACUUGGACACGAAUUAUCCGGGACAGUACUCAGUACAGCUGAAACGGGAUAAAUUCCGAAUCACAGUCGGGUCACGCGUCCGUUAGCUGCAUCGUGAGUCUUGUAUAAAGAAUAGCGACGCCAACAGUGACUGAUCCCGAGAUGCUAGUCAAACUUCGCGCCCGUAUUGUGAUCGACCCUUGACGCAAUGGUCUUGAAUCUAGAGCAAUUGUACCAUAGUGCUACAUGUACUUAAGGAGUGACCAAGCUUGCGCCUGCAGUGCGCGAGGACACUUCGCAAGGCAUUGGCUCGGUAAAAAUAGCACAGCUAGCAAUAGCACAAAAACAAUCAUAAGAGAUUCUUAAAGAAGACGAGCUGGUGUAAAUGCAAGGACCAGGCAAGGCUAGAAGUUCAAAAACGUUCAAUGACGCACGCACUUAGGCAAACAAGAGGUUCAAUUUAGUCGCUAGUGUUGAGCUAUAGCGUACCAUAGCCGAAGGUGAUUUGGCUGACAAUCAAUUUGGCAUGAUAGAAGUCAUGCUCAUUGCUGUUAUUGAGAAAAGAAGAUGAGCUUGCGGAUAGUAUGAUAGAUGGUAUUAAGUGGAGAGGAUCUAUGUUUUGAAUGGUAAAGCCGAGAAAGUCACGUUGUACAGGC